AUGACCGCACCGAACCUCGAAUUUGAAGGGCUGCCCAUCCCCUGGGUUCCCACCAUUCGCCCUGAAGAUGAGACCGAAAUGUAUCCCUACAGAAAGCAGAACAGAGGCACCACAACUCUUCCGGUAGGCUGGAGGUUCAACAAAGGAAGACGCCCGCUGCACCAGGAGAUCAUAUUCGACGAACACGUCGCAGUGCCGCUCAGGGAUGGAGUCAAGAUCUACUGCGACAUAUUCAGGCCUGUCACGGAUACAAAGCUUCCAGCGAUAUUGGCCAUAAGUCCAUAUGGAAAGAACGGAAAUGGCUUCCGUAUUUUUGACAAUAUCCCCUUCCGGCUCGGGCUUCCCGAGAGCUCUACUUCGGGGUUAGAGAAGUUUGAAGGACCCGACCCUGUAGAAUGGUGCCCACGUGGCUACGUGGUUGUCAAUGUGGACAUUCGAGGCAGUUGGGACAGUGAGGGCGAUCUUUAUAUCGAAGGAAGCCAGAUGGGCAUUGACGGUUUCGACACGGUUGAGUUCAUCGCUGGGCAGCCAUGGUGCAACGGUGCCGUCAGCAUGUGCGGCAAUUCAUGGCUGGCAACAGAACAAUGGGCAACGGCAAUUCAACAGCCUCCUUCGCUUAAGUGCAUUGCGCCCUGGGAAGCCUUCACGGACAAGUACCGUGACUUGGUUUGCCGUGGUGGCGUGCCCAAAACCAACUUUGCUAGCUUCGUCUUCAACAAAACUAUCCGCGGACGAACCCAGCGCGAGGACAUUGCAGGAGCGCUUGCUAAAUGGCCUUUGUUCAAUGCAUACUGGGCGGACAAGGUAUACGACACUAGCGGCAUUACAAUUCCCAUCUAUGCGUUGGCAAGCUAUUCCUCUGGGAAUCAUGGGUCUGGAACCGUGAGAGGAUGGAGAAAUGCCGCAUCAAAGGAGAAAUGGAUUCGCUUCCAUGCAACCCAGGAGUGGUUCGAUCUUUACACCCCUAGGUAUAUUGAUGACCUGCAACGCUUCUUUGACCGUUACCUAAAGGGAAUCGAGAACGGCUGGGAGCAAACUCCACGAGCAAGGAUUUCCAUUCUUACAUACGGGAAUCGAUUUGAGCCGGGUCCCAAAUUGGACGUCCCGUUUUCGGACUACCCUAUUCCAUCCACCGAAUACCAGUCGCUUUAUCUGCACGGGGAGGGCAGGCUGGCGCCAUCGCCGCAAGCCAACGAGGGCUCUGUUGCGCACAAAGCAGACAGCUACCGCGCAAAGCCGUCCGAGUUCAUCUUGAAAUUUGAAAAAACAACCACACUCGUUGGCCACUCAAAGGCCGAGCUUUGGAUGUCUUGUAACGAGAAGAACGACAUGGAUGUUUACGUAUCCAUCCGCAAGUUGAGCAAGAGCGGCGAAGUUCUUGAGCACGUCAACGUUCCUUGGGAGGCCCUACCGGAAGGAGUCAAUACACAACACGACGUACCAAUGACCCAAACCGUGAAGUACACCGGCCCAACUGGCAUUCUACGCGCGUCUCGUCGCGCACAAGAUCCGAAACGUAGCACCGAAUUGAUCCCAUUCCACCCGCACAACGAUGAGGAAAAGGUACCUGCUGGGGAGAUUGUGAAGCUUGAAAUCGCACUUUGGCCCAUGGGCAUACACUUCGAGGCCGGCGAGGGUCUUCUCUUCCGUGUACAGGGUUUCGUCGAUACCAGCUCGGACUUCCCCAGCCAUAUCGAGCAGAAGCUGGACAACCUUAACGAGGGUCAGCACAUCAUUCAUUUUGGUGGCAAAUAUGCUUCGAGGAUUAUUGUUCCUGUUGUUGCUCUACCGGAGCAGUAG